CCUUCUCUUUAGGAGGACAUUUCUAGGGGCUAAUAUAGAAGAUUUAGAACUCCAAAGACUUUGGAAUGGACAGACUCAGAAUGGUGCUACAUGAAAACUCUGGAUCUCCUGACUUUAGAAGAAGUUUUGUUCAUUUGAGUCCCUUCAUUAUUGCUGUGGUCUCAGUUCUUAGUGCCUGUUCGAUCCCUGGUUCUCUUGGAGGAACAGACAAGGAGCUGAGACUAGCAGCUGGUGAAAACAAGUGCUCUGGGAGAGUGGAGGUGAAAGUCCAGGAGGAGUGGGGAACUGUGUGUAAUAAUGGCUGGGGCAUGGAGGAGGUCUCUGUGAUUUGUAGGCAGCUAGGAUGUCCAACUGUUAUCAAAGCCACUGGAUGGACUAAUUCCAGUGCUGGCUCUGGGCACAUUUGGAUGGAUCAUGUUUCUUGUCGAGGGAAUGAAUCAGCUCUCUGGGACUGCAAGCAUGAUGGAUGGGGAAAACAUAGUAACUGCACUCACCAACAGGAUGCUGGAGUAACCUGCUCAGAUGGGUCUGAUCUGGAGCUGAGGCUGAUGAAUGGAGGAAACCGGUGUUCAGGAAGAAUAGAGGUCAAAUUCCAAGGACAGUGGGGAACAGUGUGUGAUGAUAACUUCAACAUAGAUCAUGCUUCUGUGGUUUGUAAACAGCUUGAAUGUGGAAGUGCUGUCAGUUUCUCUGGUUCAGCUAAUUUUGGAGAAGGUUCAGGACCAAUCUGGUUUGAUGAUCUUGUAUGCAAUGGAAAUGAGUCAGCUCUCUGGAACUGCACGCACCAAGGAUGGGGAAAGCAUAAUUGCGAUCAUGCUGAGGAUGCUGGAGUGAUUUGCUUAGAUGGAACAGAUCUGAGCCUGAGACUCGUCGAUGGAGUCAGUACAUGUUCAGGAAGAUUAGAAGUGAAAUUCCAAGGAGAAUGGGGGACAGUGUGUGAUGAUGGCUGGGAUAGUAAUGAUGCUGCUGUGGCAUGUAGGCAACUCGAAUGCCCAACUGCCAUCACUGGCAUUGGUCGAGUUAAUGCCAGUGAGGGAACUGGACACAUUUGGCUUGACAGUGUUUCCUGCCAUGGACAUGAAUCUGCUAUUUGGCACUGCAGACACCAUGAGUGGGGAAAGCAUUAUUGCAAUCAUCAUGAAGAUGCUGGUGUCGUAUGUUCAGAUGGAUCAGAUCUGGAACUGAGACUUGUGGGAGGAGGCAGCCGCUGUGCUGGGACAGUAGAGGUGGAAAUUCAGAAACUAGCAGGGAAAGUGUGUGACAGAAACUGGGGACUGAAAGAAGCUAAUGUGGUUUGCAGGCAGCUGGGAUGUGGAUCUGCACUCAAAAUAUCCUAUCAAACGUAUUCCAAAGUUAAGCCAACAAACAUGUGGCUAUUUUUAACUACCUGUAUUGGAAAUGAAACUUCUCUUUGGGACUGCAAGAACUGGCAGUGGGGUGGACUUACUUGUGAUCACUAUGAAGAAGCCAAAGUUACCUGCUCAGCCCACAGGGAACCCAGACUGGUUAGCGGGGACAUUCCCUGUUCUGGUCGUGUUGAAGUGAAACAUGGCGACACAUGGGGCUCCGUCUGUGACUCUGACUUCUCUCUGGAAGCUGCCAGUGUGCUGUGCAAGGAAUUACAAUGUGGCACGUUCAUCUCUAUCCUGGGGGGAGCUUACUUUGGAGAAGGAACUGGACAGAUCUGGACUGAAGAAUUCCAGUGCGAGGGGCAUGAGUCCCAUCUUUCACUCUGCCCAGUAGCACCCCGCCCAGAUGGGACUUGCAGCCACAGCAGAGAUGUUGGAGUAGUCUGCUCGAGAUACACAGAAAUCCGCUUGGUGAAUGGCAAGACCCCAUGUGAAGGAAGAGUGGAGCUCAAGGUUCUAGGGACCUGGGGAGCUCUCUGUAACUCUCAGUGGGACAUGGAAGAUGCCCAUGUUUUGUGCCAGCAGCUUAAAUGUGGAAUUGCCCUUUCUAUCCCAGAAAGAGCACAUUUUGGGAAAGGAAGAGGUCAGGUCUGGAGGCAUAUGUUUUACUGCACUGGAACUGAGAAACACAUUGGAGAUUGUCCUGUAACUGUUCUGGGUGCAUCACUAUGUUCAGCAGAGCAAGUGGCCUCUGUAAUCUGCUCAGGAAACCAGAGUCAGAUACUAUCCCCGUGCAAUUCAUCAUCUUUGAACCCAACAAGUUCUACCAUUUCAGAAGAAAGUGCUGUUGCCUGCAUAGAGAGUGGUCAACUUCGCCUGGUAAAUGGAAGUGGUCGCUGUGCUGGAAGAAUAGAGAUCUAUCAUGAGGGCUCCUGGGGCACCAUCUGUGAUGACAGCUGGGACCUGAGGGAUGCCCACGUGGUGUGCAGACAGCUGGGCUGUGGAGUGGCCAUUAACGCCACUGGUUCUGCUUAUUUUGGGGAAGGAACAGGGCCUAUCUUGCUGGAUGAGAUAAACUGCAAUGGAAAAGAAGCUCGUAUUUGGCAGUGCCCUUCACAUGGCUGGAAGCGGCACAAUUGCAGGCAUAAGGAGGAUGCCGGAGUUAUCUGCUCAGAGUUCUUGUCUCUGAGACUGACCAGUGAAACCAGCACAGAGGCCUGUGCAGGACGUCUGGAACUUUUUUACAACGGAUCUUGGGGCAGCAUUGGCAAGAGUGACAUGUCUUCAACCACUGUGGAGGUGGUAUGCAGGCAGCUGGGCUGUGCAGACACGGGAAGCAUCAGCCCUGCAUCUUCAGCCAAGGCAAUGUCCAGAUACAUGUGGGUGGACAAUGUUCAGUGUCCUAAAGGACCUAACACAUUAUGGACAUGCCCAUCAUCUCCAUGGAAGUGGAGACUGGCAAGCCCUUCAGAGGAGACCUGGAUCACAUGUGCCAACAAGAUAAGACUUCAAGAAGGAAACACUACUUGUUCUGGACGUGUGGAGGUCUGGCACGAAGGUUCCUGGGGGACAGUGUGUGAUGACUCCUGGAACCUUGACAAUGCUCAGGUGGUGUGUCAAGAGCUGGGCUGUGGCUCAGCUUUGAAGGCACUCAAAGAGGCGGCUUUUGGUCAGGGGACUGGGCCCAUAUGGCUCAAUCAAGUCAAGUGCAAAGGGAAUGAGUCUUCCUUGUGGGAUUGUCCUGCCAAACCCUGGGGGCACAGUGACUGUGGGCACAAGGAAGAUGCUGCUGUGAUAUGCUCAGGCAAUGCAAUCAAAGAGACAUCAAAUGCCACAGGUAACAAAGCCCCUGUUGUAUUUGGAGUCCUUGGGGCCAUUGUGUUGGUUGGUCUCAUCAUGUUCCUCUUGUGGUUUUGGAAGCGAAGACAGCUACAGCAACUUACAGGAUGUCUGUUGUCAGUUUCCUCAAGAGGAGAACAUUUUAUCCACCAAAUUCAAUACCGGGAAAUGAAUUCUUGCCUGAAAGCAGAUGACCUGGACAUGCUGAACUCCUCAGGGGACCAUUCUGAAGUCCACUGAAAAGGAAGAUGAGAGUUAUAACCUAAUGAGUUCAGCCUUUAAGACUGAUGACUUGGACUGUUGAAUGGAGCAAGAAUUUACCUGGUUCACUGAAGAUCACAAUACAGUCAUUUUUCUCCUAGGAUUCCAAAGACUGCUGCUGAAUUUAUAAAAAUUAAAUUGAUGAAUGUGACUAUUAAAAGUUGUAUAUAAGACUCUCGGGGGGGUGUAAAUAAAAAUGAGUAUUGCUGAUUUAAGCUUGUCUUAACCUCUUGUUCUUGACUUUAUGAAUUUUUUAGUGGGCAUUCUGAUUUUUUUUA